ACAGUCAGUGCCGUGGAACUGGGUAGUUUCGUUCGAGGGAGGGUUGUCCAGCUAUCGAGUUAGCGGCGGCGAGCGUCGACGAAAUACGCCCGCCGCGUAAAGAUAGCGCCGGUCAAGGGAGCGACCAGGCGGACGCACUAUAGGGAAACUAGUGCGUAAAGGUGCUCGGUAAGCAGCUGGUGUCCUCUGCGGCGUCAGGGAAGCUAACGCAGUCCUUGUCUUCUGUGGUUGAUCCGGCGAAGAUGGUGAAGCCGGACAUCCAGACUCUGGCCCACCACCUGAAGCAGGAGCGGCUGUACGUGGCCUCUGAGAAGCAGCUGAUCCAGCGGCUCAAUGCUGAGGUGCUGAAGACUGCUGAGAAGUUGUACCGUGCAGCCUGGAUCGCCAAACAGCAGCGCAUCAACCUCGAUCGACUCAUCCUCACCAGUGCGGAGGCCUCCCCAGCCGAGUGCUGCCAGCAUGCCAAGGUGCUGGAGGACACGCAGUUUGUGGAUGGCUACAAGACCCUGGGAUUCCAAGAGAGCAUCUAUGGGGAGUUCCUGGGCCGCCUGCGGGAGAACCCGCGGCUGGUGGCCUCCUGCCUGGUGGCCGGUGGGGGGCUGAGCCUGGAGCCCACCCAGAGUGUCAUCCACACGGUGUUCACCUCGCUCUACGGUAACUGCAUCAUGCAGGAGGACGAGAGCUACCUGCUGCAGGUGCUGCGCUACCUGGUGGAGUUCGAGCUGAAGGAGAGCGAGAAUCCGCGCCGCCUGCUGCGCCGGGGCACCUGCGCCUUCAGCAUCCUCUUCCGCCUCUUCUCCGAAGGCUUGUACGCAGCCAAGCUCUUCCUGACGGCCACACUGCACGAGCCCAUCAUGCAGCUGCUGGUGGAGGACGAGGACCACCUGGAGACGGACGCGGCCAAGCUGACGGAGCGCUUCACGCCAGCGCAGCAGGAGCGCCUCUUCGGCGAGAAGGGCUCCGAGAGCUACAGGCGGCGCGUGCAGGCCGCCGUGGAGGCCAACGAGGCCAAGCUGGUGGCGCUGGUCAACAAGUUCAUUGGCUACCUUAAGCAGAACACAUACUGCUUCCCGCACAGCCUGCGCUGGAUUGUGUCGCAGAUGUACAAAACGCUGUCGCGCGUCGAGCGCCUGGAGGUGAGCGAGGUACGCACUAUGUGCACCGACCUGCUGCUCACCUGCUUCAUCUGCCCGGCCAUCGUCAACCCCGAGCAAUACGGCAUCAUCUCGGACGCACCGAUCAACGAGGUGGCCCGCUUCAACCUCAUGCAGGUGGGGCAGCUGUUGCAGCAGUUGGCCAUGGCGGACGCUGAUGAGGGAGACCCACGACGGAAGGGGGGUCUGUCCAAGUUUGAUAAAAGCUGUGUUGCUGCUUUCCUCGACGUUGUGAUUGGUGGGCGCGCUGUGGAGACGCCACCCAUGUCCUCCAUGAACCUUCUGGAAGGCCUGAGCAGAACCGUGGCUUAUAUAACUCAGAACCAACUCUUUUCACUGGUGGACUUUGUACGGAGCGUGAUGAUGGGUGACCAACUCCGGGAGGAGGAGCGGCUGGCUCUGGAGACCCUGCUGGCCAACAUCCCUCAGUCACGUGCGGCCAAGAGCAACAGCCUGGAGCUGACGCCCUCCAACACGCCGCAGCUGUCCCCGGCCACCACGCCGGCCAACCGCAAGAACCGCCUGCAGAUAGGACAGCAGCUGGUGGCCAUCACAUCCUGGGACUCCUCUACCACCGCCCUAUCUGCACACAUUCCUUUAGUCACCCCUUUUGCUUCCCGCAGCCGCAGUCGUACCAACAUCGCCCAGGAGGGGGAGCCAGAGCCCAGCUCACAAGAGUCUCUACAGGAAGUGAUGCCAGAGGAAGUGCUUGUAAUGUCACUGGGCGCCGCCCCCCAAACCGUUCCGGGCAUGAUGUCCGAGAACGAGGUGCUCACACUGCAGCUGGUGGAUGGGGCGCAGGGCGAGGCUCCUGCUGACGACGCCAAGCUCCACGGGAAGCCGGACAAGACGCUGCGCUUCUCCCUCUGCAGCGACAACCUGGAGGGCAUCUCGGAAGGGCCGUCAAACCGCUCUAACUCGGUAUCGUCACUGGACCUGGAGGGCGAGUCAGUGUCGGAACUGGGGGCAGGGCCUCCCGGUGGCAACGGGGCUGAAGCACUACAGCUGCUGGAGCAUGAGCAAGCCACCACUCAGGACAACCUGGACGACAAACUGCGCAAGUUUGAGAUCCGCGACAUGAUGGGCCUGACUGACGACCGGGACAUUUCUGAGACGGUGAGCGAGACUUGGAGCACGGACGUGCUGGGCAGUGACUUCGACCCCAACAUGGACGAGGACCGCCUGCAGGAGAUUGCAGGAGCCGCUGUGGAGAGUAUGCUUGGCAGCCUGCUCUGUCUGCCGGGCUCCGGCUCCGUCCUGCUCGACCCGUACGGAUCCACCAUCUCUGAGACGACGAGCGAGGCCUGGAGCGUGGAGGUCUUACCUAGUGACUCAGAGGCCCCUGACCUGAAGCAGGAGGAGCGCCUGCAAGAGCUGGAGAGCUGCUCUGGGGUGGGCAGUACCUCUGACGACACCGAGGUCAGGGAGGUGAGCUCCCGGCCCAGCACGCCGGGGCUCAGCGUGGUCUCAGGCAUAAGUGCCACAUCCGAGGACAUCCCCAACAAGAUGGAGGACCUGCGCUCCGAGUGCAGCUCCGACUUCGGGGGCAAGGACUCAGUGACGAGCCCGGAUGGGGAGGAGUCGGCUCACGGGGCGCACCAUCUGACGUCCCCGCCUUUGCAGGCUGAGUCCCUCCUUGCUAUGUUCGACCCCCUCGCCUCCGGGGAAGGCUCCUGCACGGGCACCAUCGUGCGGCCCAAGGUGCACCACACCCGCCCAUCCCACCCCCCGCCGGACCCCCCCAUUCCAGAGGCGUGCAUCCCAGGUCAGGAGCCACGCCACACUGGUGCCCCCUUUUGCCCACACAGCCUGGCUCAGCAGGACCAGCGGCACUCGUACCCAGACCGGCUGGUUCGCAGCCGCAGCUCAGACAUCGUCUGCACUGGCCGCCGGCCCACUAGCGACCCGGGUCUCAACCGGCGGGCUGUGCCUGAGGAUCGUGAGCUGGGGCCCGCUGGCUUCGCCCUAGGACCCUCGUCCUCUCCCAGCAAGGACUCUCUGAAAGGAGAGGUGGAGGAGAGGAAAGACAGUGAUGACGAGAAGUCAGACAGGAACCGACCAUGGUGGAAAAAGCGCUUUGUGUCAGCCAUUCCAAAAGUGCUCUAUUGGACUGCGGAAAGCGAAGUCGCAGCGCCUAUCGCUGCUUUCCGGAAGAAGGACAAGCACGAGAAGGAAGAGCUGGGUCCCGAGCGUGCCCCACAAGAUGACCCGCUGCCUCGGCACAGCCGCCAGGCCCAGGAGGCCGAGGACAUCUUGGACAAGUACCGCAACAUUAAGCGCAGCAGCCCAGGUGAUAGCAUGGCGUCCGCCGGGGCCACUUAUGACGGGCAAGAGCCCUGUGGGGGGGAUGGUGAGAGCAUUCACGGCUCCCCCAGGGAGGAGGCCCUCCAGAAUGUCUCUGCGGACGACCUGCCAGAUUCGGCCAGCCAGACGGCCCAGCCGCAGGACUCCAAGUUCUCCUUCAGUGAUGCCAAGAAGAAGCUCCGCCUGGCCCUGUGCUCCGCCGACUCCGUCGUCUUCCCUAUGAUGUCCCCGGCCAGUACGCGCAACGGCCUACCCGACCACACUGACCCCGAAGACAAUGAGAUCGUCUGCUUCCUGAAGGUCCAGCUGGCAGAAGCCAUCAACCUGCAGGAUAAGAACCAGAUGGCCCAGAUCCAGGAGACCACACGCUGCGUCAGCCGAUUGGACACACGCACCUGCCGCAAGCUGCUGGCCGCCAUUGCCGACGACUACAGGAAGCGGGCACCUUACAUCGCCUACCUGACACGCUGCCGGCAGGGCUUGCAGACGUCACAGGCUCAUCUGGAGCGGCUGUUACAGCGGGUACUGCGGGACAAGGAAGUGGCCAACCGCUACUUCACCACUGUGUGUGUGCGGCUGCUCCUCGAGCGUAUGGAGGCCAAGAUGCUCGACUUCAUCCGAGCGUUCCAGGCCUGCACUGCGGCCGAUGACAAGACUGCAGCAGUGGAGGACUUCCUGCGAUACCUGUACGGCGCGAUGGCCCACGACGCCAUCUGGCAAUUCGCCAGUGAGGAGCAGCUGCAGGACGCGCAGAUGGCCAUUGAGCGCAGCGUCAUGAACCGCAUAUUCAAGCUGGCCUUCUACCCCAACCAGGACGGGGACAUCCUGAGAGACCAACUCUUGCAGGAACACAUCCAGAGGCUCUCCAAAGUCGUGACAGCCAAUCACAAGGCUCUGCAGAUACCAGAGGUGUACCUGAAGGAGGCGCCGUGGCCCUCGGCACAGGCCGAGAUCCGCACUAUCAGCGCCUACAAGACGCCGCGCGACAAGGUGCAGUGCAUCCUACGCAUGUGCUCCACCAUCAUGAACCUACUGAGCCUGGCCAACGAGGACGCCGUGCCCGGUGCCGACGACUUUGUCCCCGUGCUCGUCUUUGUCCUGAUCAAGGCCAACCCACCCUGCCUGCUCUCCACCAUCCAGUACAUCAGUAACUUCUACGCCAGCCGGCUCAGUGGGGAGGAGAGCUACUGGUGGAUGCAGUUCACGGCCGCUGUGGAGUUCAUCAAGACCAUCGACGACCGCAAGUGAGGCGGGGUGGCUGGGGCAGCUCCGUGACUGUCCCCCUGCCUGCCCCCUCCCUCCGUGACUGUCCCCCUGCCUGCCCCCUCCCUCUGUAUAGCUGUACAUAGAGCAUAGAGGACAGCAGACCUGACCCGCCCCGAGCCUGCCGAGGCUUGGAUCACCUGGAAACACCAAAACGGCUUCUCAACCAGAAACUGAAUUCCUGUCUUUUUUUUUAAUUGCCCAUUUCUCUGACACUGACCAGCGGGUCUCUGCUUUUCAGAAUUUUAUAUAUAUUUAAACACUUAGAAAUAAUGAUACAUAGACACCGAUCAGACAGGUGGAAAAGGGACCAGAGUGACAGUGUGCUCUUGGGCGUGCGCUGGCAUGGGGGCGUACCUGCAGGGGUGGGUGCUGCUCCGGCCCGUCAUAGACCUACCGGACCCAGCAGGUAGAUUCCAGGUGUCCCCGGCUUUUACCUGAAGGGUUUAUUUCGGCAUUCCUGGACAGUUUCCUGCGAGUCGCGCCUUAGGAAUACGCAAACUGGUUAAGCUCACCUCAUACUGUUUGUAUUGCUGACUUGCAGCUGGCUUGCUGGGUGGCUCUCUGCUUGACGCUGUUUCCACCAGUUUAUCCUGCCUGGUCUUGAGAUCGAUGGCGGGAUGGAGAGGACAAGGGAUGGUUUGCCGUGGUUUAGGAUGAGACCAGAUCCUGUGAAUUAUGAGGGACAAUCACAUCUCGCAGGUUCCAGAUUUUCCAAAGCUCCCUGAUUGGUCAGGUGUCAUGAUCCUCCCCUCCCCCCCCCUCACUUCACACCCUAGAAGCAGUGCCCAGUGCCUUGGGAUGCGUGUGCCAGUUAUAGGACACGGAGCAGCUCACUGCCCCACCGAGCAGGAGGGGGUUUACCAACUGGAUUGAAGGACCUCGGUCAACAACCCCCCCCCCUCACCACACCCUUCUGUUUACCUUGCCACCAAAGACACCCCUCCCACUUUGAAUCCCCCUGGGUCAUUUAAGCCUCCCAGCCCCCCACUGUUUUUGGCAAACUAGCCUCCAUUUUUCUUUUGUAACAAACACUCUGUCUUUCAGUGUUACAACUCCAGUUUUAAGUGUGCAGUUAGAUGGUGGAAUUCUUUUGGGGAAACAUGAGGAUGAUCAUUUUAAUAAAUGUAAGAAGAAUUCGCUUUAAGGUCAGCUGAAGUCCGGCCGCUGGGUUUGUUCCUCUCAUUGCGGUCGAGUCUCGUCUCAAACAAAUGGGUCAAUGCGUGUCGUGUAAGGCUGUCUCUCUCUCUGUCUGUCCCUCUCUGUCUGUUUCUCUCUCUCUCUCUCUCUCCCUCCCCCUCUGUCUGGCCAACGCGGAGAGCCCCCAUAACGGCGUGCGCUGAUGCGGGAUGUAAAUAUCUAGGCAUGCAGACACUGAUCUGAUUAAAGCUCCACCUCCUUGCAGGUGUCAGAGAGGGACUGUUAACUCAUGUAUGUUGUUGGGCUUUUUUGGGGGGAAGCGACUUUCCUAAAAACGUUCUCAUCUUCCCUGCAGUCAGAGGAAAGUGCUUGAUGAUGGCAGGUGUCACAGGGUCCCCGGUCCAGCGAUGGGUUCUGGCCUGGUUCUGGCUGCAGAUAGAGGAAUGUUCUGUUUAUGUGCACUUUUGCUAAUGGCUAAGUAUUGUAUGUCCCUGAUUGUGUUCUAUAAAUGCUUUUCUCCAUUGUAUUAAAAUAUAACAAAAACUCUAA